CAGACUCCGCAUCACUCCAUCUCGCCUCCCGUGCAUACUUACUCACGAUACUCAACCUCAGAAAUUUGCUGAGCGCGUCCAGUACAUUACUCACUACUCCACUCUACAUCUCCGGCCUGAUUUAAAUUGUGAAACAUGAGCUCCACACGCAUCUUCCACAACAUCUCACGCAUACCCGUCACAUCCACACUCGUUCUUAUCUUCGGCAACUACGAGCUCUACCGCAUACACAAAGGCACACACCCGUACUGGAGUCCCAUUCUUGAAGAAAAGGGCAUUGUCCGACGACGGGUCCAGAAUGCUUCAGAAUCCACAGGCGGCCAAAGUGCCCCUGGCGUCGAGUCCCAACGUGAGGGGCGCAAAGCCUCGAUACAGUGGCUAAAUCUUAACGGUGUCCCGAUACCCUUCAUCACAGGGCGAUCAGUAUAAAAAAGACUGUGUCGUUUUGGGAGUCCUCCAUCGACUUGGCACAUAUUUGCAGAGGAUAUAAGUGAGAAGCGAUAAGAGAAGGCAUUUUUAAUAAUUCGAUUAUAUUGGACA